GGUCCCGAAGGAGAUUCCAUAUGGGCAUCAAACCUGGCAAGUGUUGUCUCCGUAGGUUCUAUGCUUGAUACUGGCAACUUUGUUCUACUGACUGGCAACUCUGAAAAGGUGUGGCAAAGUUUUGAGCACCCCACUGACACGUUGUUGCCUACCCAAUCUCUCCAACCUNAAGGCACGCUAACAUCUCGAUUAACAGACACUAAUUACACGACUGGAAGGUUCCAACUUUAUUUUAAGGAUGGUAAUGUCUUCCUGAGUCCUCUUGCAUGGCCUUCUCCACUGCUUUACGACCCUUACUAUAUGUUGGAUGCCUCUGGUGCUGCUUCAACAUUACUGUUCAAUGAGUCGGGGAAUAUCUACGUCAACACCACAAAUGGGACUACGAUCCAACCUCAAGGUUCCCAAUGGAAUAUAUUGGAUCUCAAUCCUGAGGUGAAUAAUUACUACUACAGAGCAACGCUUGACUUCACUGGAGUUUUCACCCAGUAUUAUCAUCCACGGAACAACACUGCUCAGUCAGGGUGGAGAAUCAUGAGGUAUGUUCCUGACAACGUUUGCAAUGCAAUAGCUUAUNAGUAUGGUAGCGGUUCNUGUGGCUAUAAUAGCUACUGCUCCAUGGAAAAUCAGAGGCCUACCUGCAAAUGCCCUUAUGGGUAUUCGCUGCUGGAUCCAAGUAAUCAAUUUGGUGGAUGCCAACCCAAUUUCACCCUUGCUUGUGGAGCUGAUGUUCAAACACCGCCAGAAGAACUAUAUGAAAUGCAUGCAUCUCAAGGUUUUAAUUUUCCUGAUGGGGAUUAUGAAAGGAUACAACCUUACUCUGAGCAGGAAUGCCAGCAGUUUUGCCUGAAGGAUUGCAUGUGUGCUAUGGCCGUUUCAGGAGGUGAUACUUGUUGGCUGAAGAGAUUUCCCCUAGGUAACGGUAGACAAGAAGCAGUCACAGAUCGACAUGUUGUCUAUAUCAAAACAAGAGUUGUUCGCGACUUUUAUACAGGUGCAAACGGGGAACCUUCUCCUACGGAUUCAAAGAUAGAACAUGAAGCUAAGCUGUUUCUUUUGGGGCCGCUAAUUGGUUCUCUUGUCCUAAACAGUAUUCUCUUUGCUACAGUUGCUUUGUUUAUUCUCAAAAGGAAAAAAGUGAAUAGGGUUUCCAAAGCCGCCCCUAGUCCUUUGGAAACGAAUUUGCAUUCNUUUACUUAUGAAAAUUUGAAAAAGGCCACACAGAAUUUUCAGGAGGAAAUAGGCAGAGGUUCUUAUGGCAUUGUUUACAAAGGACAAGUAGAAACAGGUUCUUGUCAUGUGAUUGCNGUGAAGAGAUUGGACAGAUUGGUAGACGAACGAGAGAAAGAAUUUAGGACUGAAUUGAGUUCCAUCGGUAGAACCUGCCACAAAAAUCUGGUCAGGUUAAUCGGAUUUUGCGACGAGGGAAUCAAUAGAAUAUUGGUGUACGAGUUCAUGAGCAACGGUAGUCUUGCAGACAUCCUGUUUGGGAAGUCCAAGCCCAGAUGGAAUGUAAGGGUUGGAUUUGCAUUGGGGAUUGCAAGAGGGUUGGUAUACUUGCACGAAGAGUGUGAGACUCCCAUUAUUCAUUGUGAUAUAAAGCCUCAAAAUAUACUCAUAGACGAGUAUNUCAAUCCAAAGAUAUCAGAUUUCGGGUUGGCGAAGUUGUUGUUGUCUGAGCAAAGUAGAACGACCACAAUGAUCCGAGGAACACGAGGAUACGUGGCUCCUGAAUGGUUUAAGAAUGUUGCUGUGACGGUUAAAGUGGAUGUUUACAGCUUUGGGGUAAUGCUGUUGGAAAUAAUUUGCAGCAGAAGAAGUGUGUUAAUGAUGGAGGCUGGGGAAGAA